GUGUGUCCAGAGCUCCAUCCAUGAGGAGUGAUCGGUCUAAAGAUGACCCCCCUCGCAUGGCAGCAGAAGAGGAACGAGACACUGGUGUGUCCAGAGCUCCAUCCAUGAGGAGUGAUCGGUCUAAAGAUGAGCCCCCUCGCAUGGCAGAAGAGCGAAGAGACACUGGUGUGUCCAGAGCUCCAUCCAUGAGGAGUGAUUGGUCAAAAGAUGCGCCCCCUCGCAUGGCAGCAGAGAGAAGGUGGGAACAAGAGAUGCGAUGUGAACAGGACACCAGCAAUCAAGACAAGCAAGGGGGUCUUCAUCAUAUUUUUGAGGUGCUCGAGGAGAAGAUCAUCACUUUUGUGAAGAAAGAGCUGCAGAGAUAUAAGCAGAUUCUUAGUCCAGGCUAUCGUGAAACCUUUGAGAAGAUAUCAGAGGAUGAGAGUGAUGCCAGGGAAGGAGUUCUCCAGAUGACACUGCACUUCCUCCGUAAGAUGGAGCUCCAGGAUCUUGCUGACGAAUUGCAUGAAAGUAAGAAUUCUUUCUUCUUCCCGCAUAGGGGUACCGUUAAGGGUGUAUUACAAUACAACAUGUACAGUACUGUGUAAUAGUAGUUGUUGCAAGUCAGAGGCGUGCUCAGUCCCUUUAAAGAAAACGUUCUGGUGGGUGCUCUAUGGUUCACGGUACGUGUCUGUCCAAAGUUGGUUGAAAAAAAAAACCCUUUCUGCACCAAGGCACUCCAAAAAAGGAAGUUAAAAUGUCUUUAUUUUAAUGACAUGUCCAGUGAGGACCUGUUAAAAUUGCCGAAGCGUAGCGGCAGUCAGGCCUUCUUCAGGGCAUAGUGAGAAUGAAAACAGUGAAGUCCUUUGUAUGCACCAACAGCACACCUGUUGGUUACUUAGUUGUCCAUAAUUAAUGACACCUCCCCCA